AUGAGCGCAAUAAAUGAAGGGCGUUCCAACGUGGAGGUGGAGAAUAGGAUGAAAAAUGGUUGCAUUGCGCGUGCUUUCGAGCAUCAACCAGAGACCAUAACGAUCCAGGAAGCUGUCAAAGUUCUAUUGCAAGGUCUCGGUGAGGAUAUCAACCGUGAAGGCAUUAAAAAAACACCUUUCCGUGUUGCCAAGGCUCUUCGAGAAGGAACCAGAGGUUAUAAACAAAAAGUGAAGGACUUUGUGGAGAGUGCUCUGUUUCCAGAGACGGGAUUGGAUGAUGGGCAAGCAGGAGGAGUGGGAGGUCUUGUUGUCGUCCGAGAUCUCGAUCACUACUCUUACUGUGAGUCUUGCUUGCUUCCUUUUCGAGUGAAGUGUCAUAUAGGAUAUGUUCCUUCGGGGCAACGUGUUCUUGGACUAAGCAAGUUCUCUAGAGUCGCCGAUGUUUUUGCAAAGCGGCUUCAAGAGCCUCAGCGUUUAGCUGAUGAUAUAUGUUCGUCUCUCCAACGUUGUGUCAAACCUUCUGGAGUCGCUGUUGUCCUCCAAUGCUCGCAUAUUCAUUUCCCGAGUUUAGACGUUGAGUUUUCCGAAUCUAGCCAUUGUGGUUCUGUGGAGUUAACGGUUACUUCGGGUUCAGGGGAUUUUGAGGAUGAAAGUUCGGAUCUUUGGUGUGAGUUUCUUAGUCUUUUGAAGUUUAAAGGCGUGAGAUUGCAUGGACACAGCUCUGUGAAAGACUGGUGUCCGAUUGUUAUUGAAAGCUCAUCCAAAGCUUCACGCGUAGAUUCAGAAAUGGUUUCUUCUGUAGUCUCCAUUUUGAAGUCUUUAGGAGAAGAUCCAUCAAGGAAAGAACUAAUCGCCACUCCGAUCCGGUUUUUGAAAUGGAUGAUGAAGUUUGAGAACGCUAACUUGGAGAUGAAACUGAACAGAUUUGAGUACAAAGUGAAGGAGAGAAGAAUGAGUUGUGAGAUGAAUAUCCGGUUUUGGUCAAUGUGUGAGCAUCAUUUGCUUCCUUUCUAUGGUGUUGUGCAUAUUGGCUACUUCUGUGCUGAUGAUGGAUCCGAACACAUUGGAAGGUCACUAGUGGAGUCGAUUGUACAGUUUAAUGGGUUUAAGCUCCAAGUGCAAGAGAGGAUGACUCGGCAAAUCGCAGAGACAUUGUCGCCGCAAGUUGGAGGCGAUAUCAUCGUGGUGGCAGAAGCUGAGCAUACUUGUAUGAUCUCUAGGGGAAUUGAGAAGUUUGGAAGUAGCACAGCUACAAUUGCGGUCUUAGGUCGGUUUUCUAGUGACCUUUCUGCAAGAAGUAAGUUCCUUGAGAGCAUUCAUAAAACACAGUAG